AUGGCAAAGCCUUCCCGCAAUGAUAUCCAUGUCGCCAUCAUUGGUGCCGGCAUUGGUGGCCUCGCCUUGGCCAUGGCUCUGCACAAAAAGGGCAUCUCAUUUACUCUCUACGAAGACGCAAAGGACGCUGGCAUUGGAUUCGCCCCUAAUGGCAUGCGCACGAUGGACCUCAUUGAGCCUGGUUUCCGACCUCUCUACGAGGCUAUUUGUGUAGGAAACAAGGGUGAGAAAGCACAGGAUAUCUUUUUCGAGGGUAUGCUACUCGAAGAGGGUCUCGGUCGUGAUAAGCCUUGGUACGGCCAUUCUGGAUGGGGCCACCCCGAUUACAUCCGUAAAUCUGCGCAUCGAAAGACACUUCUCGACAUCAUGACCAGCUUUAUCCCCAUCGAAAACGUCAAGUUCAACAAACGUCUCACGAAUAUCCAGCAGCGGCCUGAUGGGGUUACUUUGUCGUUCCUAGAUGGCACAACAGCUGAGUGCUCAGUUCUUGCUGGCGCAGAUGGAAUCAAGAGUACAGUCAGAGCGCAUGUUCUGGAACAAUAUCCCAGCCAGAUCGCACCUGUGUAUGCAGGUGCUUAUUGCUAUCGUGCUGUCAUUCCCAUGUCGGAAGCCUACGAGAUCCUCGGUGAUCUAACCGACGUUGCCAAGUUCUAUUUCGGACCAAAGCGCAGCGCUAUUACCUAUCGUAUCACAGGAGGUGAUGAGUUCAAUUAUCUUCUCUGCGUCGCCGAUUCCCCUGAUGGUUGGAAGCUGAAGGGCGCUGUUACGGAGACGAUCUCACACGAAGCCAUGAUGGCCGACUUUGAAGGCCCAGGCGUUGACAAUCGCUUCCGACAACUCCUCGCCAAAGCCAAACCCGUGAAAUGGGGUUUCUUCCACCAUUUCCGCACAGCAUCAUACUUCCGUGAUCGAGUAGCUCUAGUCGGAGACAGCGCUCACGCCUCCUUACCCUUCCAAGCCGCGGGAGCAGCACAAGGUCUAGAAGACGCCCUGGUUCUAUCUAACGUUCUCGCAGAAGUCGCUAAGAUGUCAGAACACGGCGCAGAUCUGGCGCCUUAUAUAAAAGCAGGACUUUCUGCGUACGACUCUGUUAGGCGCCCUCGUGCGCAGAAGCAGCUGGAGCAGGCUGCUGAAGUUGGUCAUAUGAUCUUCUUUCAGCAUGAAGAGGCUGGUGCCGAUAUGGAUAAGAUUCUGCCUAGGCUGCAGCAGGGAAGGUUUAACUGGUUGUGGUUUCAUGAUAUGAAUGACGAUGCGCAGGAAGCUGUCAAGAGGAUGCAUAAGCACAUCAGUUGA